AUGAAGCUACUCGUCGUUGAGGUUGCUCAAAUCAUCCCCUACACCGACUCAGACUCGGUCCUAAACUCGGCCAACUCGCUUAACAUCCCGUUGACUUUCUUCGAUCUACCGUGGCUAGUCGGUCACCCAUUCAAACAAGUCUUCUUCUACAGACUCACCGAGUCGACUCGUGAGCAUUUCCAUUCCUUUAUCCUCCCUAAACUCAAACUCUCUCUUUCACUCGUCCUCCGCAGCUACCUCCCUCUCUGUGGCUGCAUCACCUGGAACCCAAACGAGCUCAAACCGAGAAUCGUCGUCUCUGAAAACGACGCCGUUUUGGUGACAAUCGCCGAGACUGACGCUGAUUUCUCUCAUCUCUCCAGCUAUGGACAACGUCUAGUCUCCGAGUUACACACUUUAACACCAGAGUUGCCGUUCUCCGAUGACUCAGCGUCAGCUUUCUCUCUGCAAAUUACGUUGUUCCCGAAACAAGGUUUCUCCAUCGGCUUCGCAGCACAUCACGGCGUUUUGGACGGGAAAACGUCAAGCAUAUUCAUCAAAGCUUGGGCUCACUUAUGCAAACAAGAUAUGGAAAACAGAGUCGUCAUCUCUCUACCUGCGAGUCUAACUCCGUCUCUUGAUCGGUCGUUGGUCAAAGAUCUAACCGGUCUCGAUGAACAGAUGCUCGAGAUGGUUAGAUCACUCAAAGACGACAAAACCAACAUGAGAAGCCUAAGUCGGAAUCCCAUCGGAGAAAUCGGAGACGACGUUGUCCUGGCCACGCUCGUGCUGUCUCGCGAUGACGUGGAGAGACUCAGGGAACGAUGCAUGAGUCAAGAUGAUCGGCGUCCACUUCACUUGUCGACUUUCGUCAUCGCCUACGCAUACGCGUGGACUUGCUUGGUGAAGGCACGUGGAGGAGACGGAGAACGAGCAGUGAGUUUCAUUUUCGGAGGAGACUUCAGAGAGAGGUUAGAUCCGCCGCUUCCAACGACAUACUUCGGAAACUGCUUAUUUACGACGGGUAGCUACAAACAGAAGGCGGCGGAAUUUGCAGGAGAGAAUGGAUUGGUAACGGCGGUCGAGAUCCUUAGUGAUUUGGUCAAAGGGUUGAGUUCACCAGGAAUAAUAGAGACGAUCGCACAAGGAUUCGCGAUUGUAUUCGAUUCCAUAGGUGAGAGCUCACAGUUUGGAUCUGUAGGUAUGUCCAACAAGUUCGGACUAUACGAGUCAGAUUUCGGGUGGGGAAGACCCGUUAAGGUUGAUUUUCUCUCCAUUAGAGGAGAUGGAAUAUCAUUGGCAGAGAGACGUGAGGAAUCAGGUGGGGUUGAGAUCGGAAUGUGUAUGAACAAGAAUGAAUUGGACUUGGUCUUUUCUUGUUUCAACAAUGGUUUACAAAACUAA